AUGCCGUCCAGCAAGGGAAAGCCUACGGACCCGAAGCUUCGCGAGGAAGUCAAGGAGAAGGUUAAGGGUGAGACGAAUAAGGAUGGAGGUGGGAAGGGUCAAUGGAGCGCCUGGAAGGCAACGAAAUUAGCUAAAGAGUAUGAGAAAAAGGGCGGUAGCUACGAGAAUGAGGAGGGAAGCAAGAAUGAGCCGAAGAAAGGGACGCCUAAAGCUAAGGCUAAG